AUGAAUAAUAUUUUGAAAAGAUACUUGGAGAGUAGUUAUGACUUGUUGUCCUUCUUUGAACACUAUGAGAGAGUGUUGGAUGAUCGGCGAUAUAACGAGUUAAAUGCUGACUUCAAAAUGAUGCAUACCUCUUCGGUAUUAUCUGCUACCGUAGAGAUGUUGCAACAUGCAGAGGAGGUGUAUACACCCAAAGUUUUUAAGUUGUUUCAGAAGCAAUAUACAGUUAUCGGUGAUUAUGUUGCUAAAAAAGUCAGUAAGUCUGAGAUGGUGUAUGAAUACAAAGUAUCUUAUCGUGGUGGACCGCGAGAGCAUUUGGUUAAUUAUGAUGCUACAAACCAAACGAUACAGUGUAGUUGCAUAAAGUACUCUUUUGCUGGGAUCUUAUAUCGUCAUGCAUUGAAAGUAUUGGAUAAGAAGGAUGUUAGGAGAAUUCCAUCUAGCUACAUCUUGAAUCGAUGGAGUAAAGAGGCAAAAUCACGAAACAUAUUUUCUUAUCGUUCAGAGACAUUUAAUGGAACAGUAACGCAAUCGAUUGGAAAGCGUUAUAGCCAUUUAUGUCACAAUUUUCGUGAGAUUGCAUAUGUUGCUGCUGAACAUGUAGAAUUGACGAUGUGUGCGAAUGAAGCUGCAUGUGAAUUGCUUAAAAAAUUGGAGGAAAAGAAAAAAGAACUUGUGAAGGCUAAUGCAUGGAUGCUCCCAACUUCAAAUGUUGAACAUGUCGAAAGAGAAGAAGAAGACGAGGAAGUUCUAAAUACACGUGGAAUUAAAAGAAAAGCUACUGUUGGACGACCAAAGAACAAAAAGGUCGGACCCCACGGUCGAUAUUUGAAUGCUCUUGAAACGAAAAAACGGGGUACAUCAAAGAGAAAAUUAUCGUUUCAGGUAUUUGAUAAAUAA